GUGACCCGAACAGACCAACCACUGCCUCGGAGCCUCAUCCACGUCCCCUUCUCCCUGCUUCCCUGCCACCGUGCUGCCUGCUCUUCUCCCCCGCGCGCUGCGGCGCCCACCGUGUGUCAGGUUUAAUCCCGGGUUGGACCUGCUGUUUUGCUCAUCCCUACACUCAGCCUCUCCGUCAGCCCCAAGAAGUGGAAUCUGCCCUGAAACUCUCCGUGGCUGGGGCCGGCGGACUGGGCAUGCUCAGAAGCCAGGGCUGGCUUUGGUCUCAAGUAGGAAGCUUUUGCACUCCGGAGGCAGCGGCGACUUUGGGGAAAGUUGAUCGGAGAGGGGAGGAAGCCCCAAGACGCGGAGCAGCGGCAGGAAGGAGCCCCCGGCAGCCCGGAGGAGCAUGGGCACCCUGCGGGAUUUACAGUACGCGCUCCAGGAGAAGAUCGAGGAGCUCAGGCAGCGGGAUGCUCUCAUCGACGAGCUGGAGCUGGAGUUGGAUCAGAAGGACGAACUGAUCCAGAAGCUGCAGAACGAGCUGGACAAGUACCGCUCGGUGAUCCGGCCCGCCACCCAGCAGGCGCAGAAGCAGAGCGCGAGCACCUUGCAGGGCGAGCCGCGCACCAAGCGGCAGGCGAUCUCCGCCGAGCCCACCGCUUUCGACAUCCAGGAUCUCAGCCAUGUGACCCUGCCCUUCUACCCCAAGAGCCCACAGUCCAAGGAUCUCAUAAAGGAAGCCAUCCUUGACAAUGACUUUAUGAAGAACUUGGAGCUGUCACAGAUCCAGGAGAUUGUGGAUUGUAUGUACCCAGUGGAGUAUGGGAAAGACAGUUGCAUCAUCAAGGAAGGAGAUGUCGGGUCACUGGUGUAUGUCAUGGAAGAUGGUAAGGUUGAAGUCACAAAAGAAGGUGUGAAGCUGUGUACCAUGGGUCCAGGAAAAGUGUUUGGGGAGUUGGCUAUUCUUUACAACUGUACUCGGACAGCGACCGUCAAGACUCUUGUCAACGUGAAGCUCUGGGCUAUUGAUCGACAAUGUUUCCAAACUAUAAUGAUGAGGACAGGACUCAUCAAGCAUACCGAGUAUAUGGAAUUUUUAAAAAGCGUUCCGACAUUCCAGAGCCUUCCUGAAGAGAUCCUCAGUAAACUUGCUGACGUCCUUGAAGAGACCCACUAUGAAAAUGGGGAAUAUAUCAUCAGGCAAGGUGCCAGAGGGGACACCUUCUUUAUCAUCAGUAAAGGAAAGGUAAAUGUCACUCGUGAAGACUCACCAAGCGAAGACCCAGUCUUUCUUAGAACUUUAGGAAAAGGAGAUUGGUUUGGAGAGAAAGCCUUGCAGGGCCAUGAGACACAAAGGAACUGCUUCAGAACAAGAAGCGUCAGUAUUAAACCUUUGCUAUGGAUUAUUCAGAUACUGACAGCGGUUCUGCUUUUGAAUACAGUGAUGAUGAAGACUCCAGUGAGGAAGCUCAGAGAAUAUCAGAGUCACUCUUUCAAGCAUUUGAUUGGAGGUUUGGAUGAUGUUUCUAAUAAAGCAUAUGAGGAUGCAGAAGCUAAAGCAAAAUAUGAAGCCGAAGCUGCUUUCUUCGCCAACCUGAAGCUGUCUGAUUUCAACAUCAUUGACACCCUUGGAGUUGGAGGCUUCGGACGAGUAGAACUGGUCCAGUUGAAAAGUGAAGAAUCCAAAACCUUUGCAAUGAAGAUUCUCAAGAAACGCCACAUUGUGGACACAAGACAACAGGAGCACAUCCGCUCGGAGAAGCAAAUCAUGCAGGGGGCUCAUUCCGACUUCAUAGUGAGACUAUACCGAACAUUUAAGGACAGCAAAUAUUUGUAUAUGUUGAUGGAAGCUUGCCUGGGCGGAGAGCUCUGGACCAUUCUCAGGGAUAGAGGUUCAUUUGAAGAUUCUACAACCAGAUUUUACACAGCGUGUGUGGUAGAAGCUUUUGCCUAUCUGCAUUCCAAAGGAAUCAUUUACAGGGACCUCAAACCAGAAAAUCUCAUCCUAGAUCACCGAGGUUACGCCAAACUGGUUGAUUUUGGCUUUGCAAAGAAAAUAGGAUUUGGAAAGAAAACAUGGACUUUUUGUGGGACUCCAGAGUAUGUAGCCCCAGAGAUCAUCCUGAACAAAGGCCAUGACAUUUCAGCCGACUAUUGGUCACUGGGAAUCCUAAUGUAUGAACUUCUGACUGGCAGCCCACCUUUCUCAGGCCCAGAUCCUAUGAAAACCUAUAACAUCAUAUUGAGGGGGAUUGACAUGAUAGAAUUUCCAAAGAAGAUUGCCAAAAAUGCUGCUAAUUUAAUUAAAAAACUAUGCAGGGAUAAUCCAUCAGAAAGAUUAGGGAAUUUGAAAAACGGAGUGAAAGACAUUCAAAAGCACAAAUGGUUUGAGGGCUUUAACUGGGAAGGCUUAAGAAAAGGCACCUUGACACCUCCUAUAAUACCAAGUGUUGCAUCACCCACAGAUACAAGCAAUUUUGACAGUUUCCCUGAGGACAAUGACGAACCACCACCUGAUGACAACUCAGGAUGGGACAUAGACUUCUAAUGUAUUUCUCUUACCUGCUUCUGCCUUGCUGAAGACAGCUUUUUCUGAGACACAGCUGCCAGCAAACCUGAGGGAAAGAGAGAAGUUUAGUGCUCGGGGUCACCAUGAUGCCUUUGAUCGAUGCUGCUCCAGUAACUACAGUGGCAUUAGGACUCAUCGCUUAGAAGACAAUAGCGCUCUUUACCCGUUUUCUGUUUGAACCUAAAAAUUGCAGUCGACAUGGUGGUCCUGAAGUAAAGCCUUUCACCAGUAAAGAGAUGUUUUCUAUUGUUGCAGUGAUCUCACUUUGCUCUGAUUAUAGUUUGAAAGACUGUAUCUCUUCAAUCUAGUAAAAGCGUCUGUACUUUACUAGAAUUCUCAAGAAGGUCAAAAAAAUAAUAUAUUGGAUACACUAGAUUUCAAUGGUACAAAAACUGAGCUCUUCCCUUUCUUCAAGUGAGGGUCACAGGAUCUAUGACCGCGGGCCGGUGUAUAUACCAUACAAAAGAGGACCACACAUCCGUUGGUCACAGUUCAUGUCAAACCAGUGCUAGAAGUUUCAUGAGUUCAUUUCCCAGCAGCGCUGAUGAUGAGACUGAAUGUUACCUUUCCUUUCUGACAGAUUUAAAAAUUGAUAUGCUAAAAGCACAACUGCUAUGGAUUCUGCUGAGAACUCUCAUAGCAGGUAUAUAUGCGUUUCACAGAGGAUUGGGAAAAAAAAACAUGCAUGGUAUUUGUUUAUUUUAUGAUAAAUUGGCAUGACAGAGUGGAAAAAAGCAAUUCACAACCAUUUCAUAUUUUUUUAAAUAGUGUGCUUAAAGAUGGUCCUGGAAAUAAGUGACUAGCAGCCAAUUGGUUUUUAUUUAUACCGAACACACCCUCAAACUGAGGUUUAAAAUAUUCCUUUUCUAAAAAUGAACCAUUGGGGUCAGGGUGGGGUGGGGUGGAGAGGGAUUAAGACUCAUCCAAAAACAUAAAAAAAUAAAAAUAAAAUACUAUAUAGGUGCUAUGUAUAUCUUUCAUCUGUAAAUGUCAAUGUCUGAACAGACAACACAAAUUCUAAUCAUUACAUGUGUAGCCAGAGACUCGGGCAUUUUCACUAAAUUUCUCAAACCAAACUCCUGUCAGAUUUCACUUAUACAAUAUAGUCUAGAGUUGCGGGAGAAAGGUGAUUAAAAAGCUGUUUGAACUAGCUUCUUGUCUUAGGCCUGAACCAAUAAUAAUAAUAAUCCUAAUCAUAAUCAUAAUGAGAAAGAAAGCACAAAAUCAUUGAGAUUCACCAGUUUACCGGAUGAGAAACCUUACUUAUGUGCGGUCGGGGAAUAAGACAAGAACUCGGCCAGGUACUGGUUACCUUUUCAUGAAUUUGCUGAUAUGAAUCCAUGUGCAUGUGAAAGUGGGAAGGAAGCAGAGAGGAAAACAGGAAUCUGAUUUCUUAAAAAUAAAUUUGAGCUACAUAGAGCAAAACAUUACAAUCCUGAAAUAUCAUACCACCUAGAAAACAGUAGAUUUGAAAAUAUCAAACAUAUUUGCUUUUCACACGGGGAAAAGAAUCACCAACUUUCAUUGAGCCCUUUGUUGGCAGGCUAGUUGACUAUUAUUAGCUGUUAUAGGUAGCAGAACCAUUUGAAAGCUUUUCUUGGACAAAUAGCAUUAUACCUACUUAGACAAAUGCAUAACCUUAUGAGCUGUCAUCCUGAUUUGGAACUGUGUGUGAGUUUGGUACAUGAAAUAGAGGUUUACAUUUUUUCCAGUAGAGAAUUUUUUUUAAAAGUCAAACAAAUGUAGACAUCUCUGCAAAAAAUAUAUAUAUAUAUAUCCACCUAGAUCAUUAUACUGUAUCCAAGAAGGCAUAUAUUAUUAUUUCUGUUUGAAUUUUUCAUACUAAGACUACUUUAGAAUAUAUCUUAUCAAAAUAUAAUAAUCUAAGAAGCAUUUGGAAAACAAAAGUAAUAGGGCAUAUUAUAUAUAGUUAGAAUAAAAUUAAAUUAAAACUUUGAUUCUAAGAUAUUAUUGUUAUUCUUGUGUUAUUGGAGUUUUCCCUUCCUUAUAGUUUUGAGAAAGCAAUCUAUUCCCCAAGAUAUCUGUUUCCUUCCUCAUAUUUUAGAAUAUAAAAUUACACAUCUCACCCUCAAAUCCAGUUAUGAAUACUAUUUCAGAAGUUUUAUAUUGCUUUUAAUUGGGCUUUUAGAAAUAUAUAAUUUCAACAUUAUAGUCAAUAUCCAGUGAUUUUUUUGUUAAAAGAGCGGUUUAGGCAUACUAAAGGUUUGCUAGAAUAUUAAAUUUACCUAGUCAUUAAUUAAAAGAAUCUGCUUCUACAACUUUUCAGAUAUCCCAAUAACCCCAGAGAUUAGCACUUACUAUGGAUUUUGGAACUGUGGUUCAAGUCUAAGACAACCAAUAGGUACAAGUUGUAUGGAGAAGGAAGAAAUAGCACUCAGCACAAUGAACCUGUAGGUCCUUUCUCCCACUUGUUAGUUCAUCUUUGUUAAUUUCACCUGUGGCUUUGCACUGGGACGUGUAAAUCAAUCACCAGAAAAUAAAGGUGAACUAUAUCUCUCAAGAAUUAUUAACAUAAAACAUUCAUUUAAUUUUCAACAUUGAAUUUUAAGGAUUUAAACCUUGUCUCAAUGAAGACACUAGGGCUAAAAUUCAUGAUCAGCUUCAUAAAGUGCGUCUCACUUUACUUCUGAGUUUGUCAUGCCCCCUCUAUUUUCUUACACUAAUGAACAUCUAGAUAAGUUAGAAGAGUGCCAACCUGUUCAAAUUGUUACCUGACUUUCUUGUUAAUACUUCAAGUACAGGGAAUAAUGGCUUUCUGUGUGUCUUAACUCACAGGAAAACUGAAAACUGGUAAGGAAAGGAACGUCAUAAUAUAUGAGGUAGAUUGAAUACAUUAAAAAAAUGAUUUAUGGAAAAUUGCGAUAAAUGAGUUUUAUGUUUGUACCUUCUUUGUUAUUAAUAUAUGAAUCAGAUCCAUGUGGCAUUGUAAACAUUUAUUUUGAUGAUAUUCUUUAUGAGUUGUAAUUUUUUCUUAAAAUUAUGGGAUAUGCAUGUGAACUACACAUGUAUAACAUAUAAAUUCAACUGUUGAGUUUUUCUUGUUUUAUUUCUAAGCAACUGAACUGAUCGUAAACUUAAAUUGAAAGAAGUCAGCUACCAUAUUGAAAAUAAGGGUAUUAGAACUGAUUUCAUACAUUAGAGGUGAUCUGUGCAUUAUCCAUAACAAUGUUUUCUUUCACAAUAGGACCACAGACAAAUAUUUAUGUAAAUAGAUAUUUUUGUGUGAUAUUUUGUGGUACAUAUAACUUUUUUUAGUGUUUCACAGCAUUAUUAUUUCAUUUUAUUUGUAUUGAAUAAUGUUUUUAGGUCCAAGUAGACUUGAAUUAAUGUCAUAAUUGUCAGUAUUAUUGAAAAUUAUGUCCAUACUGUUAUUCAUCUGUCCCAUAGUUUAGAACAUGACCUGGCUAUCUGGCAUUGUUGCAAGUGCCUUAAAUUCAUGGCAUCCUAUUUAAAAAAAAAAAAACAAAUUUGGUGUUAUGCUGCAUGACAAAGACAAACACACCUCAAAAUGUUGUCCUUUCUUAGCUUGCUGCGUUUUACAGUUCUUUCUGCUAACAAUUUAUAAGCCUUUAUUAUAUAAUAUUGAUGAAUUACAGAAAUGAUGAAGUUGUUCUCUUAUUUCUGUUAAAUGUACCAGAGCUGUGUAUCAGUUAAUGAGACACAGCGUCAUUUCUGUGAAAUGUAUAAAUGUAUGUGCAGGUCAAAUUAAUAUAUGACAUACUAUCAGUCUGUACACAGGUAUACCUGUUUUGCUAAGCUGUGCAGAUUCAGUUAAAGUUAGUACAGUCAAGUUAUAUCUCAUUUUAUAGACUCCAUUAAAAGUGGUCCAACGCAAAAGAAAAAUUGGAAAAUAACUGCUAACCAUACCUUGUUGUGAAACCAAUGAUGAAAAUGUACUUUGGUGCACCACUCAACAAAACAGGAUGCUUUCUCUGAGUUAUUGUAUAUGCAAAGAAUUUCUGAGGCAAGAUUUCAACAGACCUAGAAAGCUAAAUACUGACAAUAUGUUGUUAGGCCUCCUCUUUAUCUGCCCCUGCAUCAACAGACAGAGCUCUGGGACUCUGACAAUGACUCAGAGAUUUGGGCUUUCCAAGUGAAGGGACAUUUCUUUAAGCAUCACCUAUCAAAUUUAUUUCAAUGUAUGAUGUUUUUACAACUGGUCAGUUCUUUUGUACUCUUGCAGCUAUGGCUAUUUGAUUGUCCUCUUACAAUUUGUCCUACAUGGAAGAGUUCUUUGUUAGUCAGAAUGCAACAACCGUCAUCAAAUGGUCAUUGACUACUUGCACUCUUUUGAUGUAGAUUAAAAACUUUUUCAUAAACUUAACUUGCUUUGAUUUGCUCUGUAUUUUUCUCGCAGCUGUAAUUGCCGAGUGCCUGUUGUAUACUUUAUAGAGUUGAAAUAAAAAUAAUUACUUUUGAA